AUGGAUAAGGUCCCUGUUCGAGUUGAUGGAAGGUUUAGGUUAGGAGACAUUUUGGGAUCUGGUUCAUAUGCUGUCGUGUAUCGUGCAUGGAACAUCAUCAAGGAUGUUGCAGUUGCUGUUAAACUGGAACCCAUCACCCACUCAUCUUCUGUGCAGCACGAAUACAAUAUUCUGAAACACCUUGAAGGCGGUGUUGGUAUUCCCCGUGUCAUUUGGUUCGGUAGGGAAUCAACGUAUCAUGCUCUCGUUCUUGACCUCCUUGGGCCAUCACUUCACAAUCUCUUCCUCACCCAUAACCGAAAAUUCAGCCUUGACACGGUUGUAAAUAUAGGAGACCAGUUACUUUCACGUCUCGAAUAUAUCCACUCACAUAAUUAUGUUCAUGGUGAUAUUAAACCACAGAAUGUUGUUGUGGGGCUUGGCGAUUUGAAAGACACUGCCUUUAUUAUAGAUUUUGGUAUUGCGAAGGAAUUCUGGAACACAGCGACCAGUCUCCAUAUACCAUUUUGCCAAGGCCAACAUCUCACUGGCACUCCAGCAUUUGCUUCUAUCAAUACACACUUAGGAGUUGAACCAGGUCGUUGUGACAAUCUCGAGUCGCUUACUUACAUGUUGAUAUACUUCUUGCAGGGCUCCCUUCCAUGGUUAACCAGUGAUGAAGAAAAACUUUCCAGCUCUUCCAUACUCGAGCGCAAAGUAGACACAACCAUCGAAAAUUUGUACCGUGGCAUUCCUGUCGAAUUCGCAACGAUUCUCAUUUAUACGCGCUCUCUCGCAUUUUCAGAAGGUCCUGAUUAUAAUCACCUUCAUUCGUUGCUUCGUGUCCUUUGCAGUGUCUCCAUGCCCGCUGCCUUGCAGAUCAACUCGCAUGUGAGUAGUGCGCUUAUGUUCCCACUUUAUGAACUAAUGUAA